UCUGUAAUAACAGAUAACACUGUGACAGCGACGCAGACCGACACAAGCCCGGGGGGAGGAGGACUGUGCGACUCACCAUGCCUGUGCGACAGAAAGAUGCUCAGCGAGCCCUGGAGCUUCUCCAGCAGUACCGGGUCAAACUUGACCAGAGACAGCAGAAUCAGAGCCUGACCAAACAAGGCCCUGUGGAGGAAGACCACCAGCUCCAGCAGUCUCUGGACAGAGUCAUCAAUGUUUUCCAAAGUCAGCUCUUUAGUGCUCUGCUUGACAUUCAGGAGUACUACGAGUUGACCAUCUUUGCAGACAGCAAGUGCUCUGUGGACCAGACAGAAGGUCCAGGGGACCAGACACACCAUCCAGGGAACCUCCCUGCCUCUUGUAACCUGCCAACAGAGCCCUCAAUUCAGCCACAGCCCUCCUCUGGUCCCCUGAGCCCCCAAGCUUCUGGAGGAUCGUUUAAGCCAAAGCCUCUGACACCCAAACCCAAGUCAAUCAAAUCCCCUGCCCCUCCAAUCCCAUCUGGAACACCUACAACAAAGCCGUCUUCCCCAACUACACAGUCCAUUACACGGUCACAGUCAGCCAAGGUUAAGUACCGUGCUCCUCUCCCUCCGGUCCAGCUGGGACCCUCCGAAUCAUUGGCAUCAGAGACUCCUAAGCCGUCUUCUCCUUUUGUUGCCACAUCCCCUAGAGCCACAGAGAGCAAAAUAGAAACCCCCACUGGCUCCAUAAGAAGUGGAGUAUCACUGAAUGGAACAAAGGCACAUCUCACUGCUACCAACCCUGAUCUUUCUUCAGAAACCACCCAUCCACAAAGUUGUUCUGUCUCUCCAGACCUCAACUUGGUGACUGUCUCAGCCCUCAUCUCCAGCACCAUCCAAGGCCUUGUGUCUCCAGCCACUCCAGACAAACUUACCCCUACAAGCAGUAUUCCUAGCACUCACCCUGGUCUCAACAGAGUCACUGGCAAUACCAUAAUCACUACAGCUCUUGCGACCAGCAAGGACCCAGGCAUAGUCACUGCCAGCACGAGUCCAACUAGCCCCAACCAGGGAAGAUUUACCUUCAGCAUCCGCAGCCCUAAAGUUCCUCCAGGAGCUUUGACAAAAGGACCUCAUCUGAGUCCAACCAGCCCAGGGCCACCAAAAGUCACCUCCACUAGCCCUAUCCAUGGUCCCGCCAGCCCCAGGCCAGCUAACAGCCUACUGACCCCCAACAAGGCCAACCCCCCUCCAGUGGUGGUCAACACCGACAGUGUCGACACCCCCCCAUAUGUCAAUGGAACAGAAGCAGACUAUGAGUAUGAGGAAAUUACACUGGAGCGGGGUAACUCAGGCCUGGGAUUCAGUAUCGCGGGAGGGACAGAUAACCCACACAUUGGUGAAGACCCCUCUAUCUUCAUCACCAAGAUUAUACCUGGAGGAGCCGCAGCCCAGAAUGGACGACUCAGAGUAAAUGACUGUAUAGUCCGGGUAAAUGAGGCAGACGUCAGGGAGGUGACCCAUAGCGGGGCUGUGGAGGCCCUGAAAGAUGCAGGGGGUCUGGUGAGACUAUGUAUACGACGCAGGAGGAGCCUCACCGAGAGAAUCAUGGAUAUCAAGCUGGUCAAAGGGCCCAAAGGUUUAGGAUUCAGUAUAGCAGGUGGAGUUGGAAACCAACAUGUCCCAGGGGACAACGGUAUCUACGUGACUAAGAUCAUCGAGGGAGGGGCUGCACACAAAGAUGGACGGCUACAGAUAGGGGACAAACUUGUAGCUGUGAAUGCCUCCUGUUUGGAGGAGGUAACUCAUGAGGAGGCAGUGGCUGCCCUGAAAUCAACUCCUGACGUUGUUUACCUCCGUGUGGCCAAACACACCUCCCUUUUUAUCAAUGACAACUUCCCCCCACCCGACGUCACUAAUUCGUACUCCCCACAUCAAGACAACCAUAUAAGCCCCUACAUGAGCGGCAGCCAGUCUGUAAGCCCUGCACCACUGACAACACCCAGAUACUCACCGCUGCCAAGGGCCAUGACUGGAGACGACGACGUCACCAGGGAUCCCAGGCGGGUGGUGCUCCAGCGGGGAUCCACAGGUCUUGGUUUCAACAUUGUUGGAGGGGAAGAUGGAGAGGGAAUCUUCAUCUCCUUCAUUCUGGCUGGAGGUCCAGCUGAUCUCUGUGGGGAGCUACAAAAGGGAGACCGCAUCCUUUCGGUGAACGGUGUGGACCUGUCCAGUGCAACACAUGAGCAGGCAGCCGCAGCUCUGAAGAAUGCAGGACAGACCGUUACUAUAGUAGCACAGUACAGACCUGAGGAGUAUAGUCGUUUCGAGGCAAAGAUCCAUGACCUGAGGGAACAGAUGAUGACCAGCAGUGUCAGUUCCAGCUCUACGUCGCUCCGCUCCACACAGAAACGCACACUUUACGUCAGAGCCUUGUUCGACUACGAUGGAAGUGCGUCAGAUCUGAGCACGCCUAAUCAGGCCCUGCCAUUUCAUUUUGGGGAUAUCCUCCACCUGAGCAGCGCUGGCGAAGAGGAGUGGUGGCCCGCCCGUCACCUCAGCCCCCCGCCUCCCAACUGCCCUGAAGUGGGAGUCAUCCCCAGCAGAAGGAGGGCAGAGAAGAAGGAGAGGUCGAGGUUAAAGACGGUCAGAGUGACGAGGUCUCAGGACAGAUCAGAUCAGGAUGAUAAAGAGCUGGUAACCUCUGGCACCAGCGAUAGUGAGAGUUGUUCCUCUGGCCAGGAGGAGACCUUCCUCACUUACCAACCUGUCAUGCAGCAGGAAGUUAAUUACACGCGGCCAGUCAUCGUGCUUGGACCAAUGAAAGAUCGGGUCAACGAUGACCUCAUCUCCGAGUUCCCUGACAAGUUUGGCUCCUGCGUCCCACACACAACGCGGCCACGGCGAGACUAUGAGGUGGACGGCAGAGAUUACCACUUCAUGUCCUCCAGAGAGCUCAUGGAGCAGGAGAUCCAGGAACACAAGUUCAUAGAGGCUGGACAGUAUAACAACCAUCUGUAUGGAACCAGCAUACAGUCUGUCAAAGAAGUCGCUGAAAAGGGUAAACACUGUAUACUGGAUGUAUCAGGGAAUGCUAUAAAGCGUCUCCAGAUGGCAGGCCUCCAUCCCAUCGCUGUCUUCAUUAGACCACGCAACGUUGACAACAUCCUAGAGAUGAACAAGCGUUUCACUGAGGAGCAGGCGAGGAAGACCUUCGACAGAGCUGUCAAACUGGAGCAAGAGUUCACAGAGUUCUUCACUGCUAUAGUCCAGGGCGCAUCUCUAGAGGAAGUAUAUUCGCAGGUGAAGCAGGUCAUUGAGGAGCAGUCUGGUCCUUACAUCUGGGUGCCCACCAAGGAGCGACUCUGAAUAAACACACACACUUAACAUGAUCACACACAUUAAUCUGUCAACACACUCCUACUUCUCUACUUUUCUAUUAUCAGCCUGCUUCCUCUCUCUCUCUCUCUCUUUUACACACACAAAAACACACAUUUACACAAGCACAUAUUGUUAGACGAGGCUGGGACUAUCUUGGACUGCUACUUCCUGAAGUGGGAGGAGCUAAAGCCUGUCCAGCAGCCUAUUGGUGGAUCUUCCUACAGCUCGAUUCCUUAAUGUUUAAGGAGGUGGUUCAAAUCAAGGCAACAUGUACCAUUAUCUGAUUUGAUUUCAUUAUUGUUGUUCUUAUUGUUGUUGUCGUUGUUGUUUUCAUAUUAACGAAGGGUAAUGCAAUCAUGUAUGGGUUUGUAAUGAUAAUAUUGUCACCAAGAGGCAGACUUUUGCACGCUGUAGCUUUAAGAGCAUGUUUUUGGGACAAAACCUUGAUCUUCUUCCGUCUGUCUGUCUUUCCUGGCAUUGGCAUUGCAACUAGCAUUGCACCAGUUUUUUUAAAAUCUUUUAUCUUUUCUAUCUUUCUCUCAUAUCCCACCUCUUCCUCCUCCCUUCUUUAGACGGUCUACUGACUUUAGCUAUGAGGUGAACACUUUACAAUGUGCCCCCAGCAUUUUGGUACUAAGGGCCAAAAAUGAAACUGCAUAGUUUAGAGAUGUAGCAAGAAAAUAAUCAUAAGUACGAUCAUAAGACACUUGUUGAUAUUUCUUGUAACAAGCAGAAAGGCCCAAUCAAAACUUAUAUAAAAAUCUAAACUAGAUUGCUUAAAAAAGAUUAGUAUCUAGUACUCUACUGCCAAUUUGUUUUUGGAGGGCUAAAACAAAAUUUAGUAAAUAGGUCUCAUAAUGGUCCUCCUCCAUUUGGAGUCCUGGGCCCGUAUUUAUUAAAUAUCUGAGAAUUAUGCUAAAGAACAAUUUUAAUAGCCAGUUAUUGACUAAAAGUAAAAUUUAGGGCACAUUUAUCAAGUGUCUUACUCCUACUUGCAGCGAAGUGAGUAACCUUUAAGAGCGACAUUCAAGUAAUCAAAUCAUCAAUUACGUGUUUGCUCAGAGUAGAACCAGCCAAUCAGAGACAAGAAUUUAUUGCCCUAUUCAUUAUUUUUAAAAAGCUUACAUUUCAAGGUGAUGUGUUAUUCUGCAAAAACAUAUGUAAUUGUAAUUUAUUAAAGUAAAUUGUGUUUGUGUGAAAUCCUAAACUAAAAUCUUUUUGAAAUGGCAACAAAAAGGGGUACACCAGAGAAAAGAGAUAUUGGCAAUUCAGUGCCAUUGACAUGUGUAGAUAAUGAAGAUGCAUGGAAGGAAAACAAAAGAAAUGCCAUCUUUACUCUUGCUGUUUACAACCUGAUGAAUGCUUGAAACAAAAAGAAGAAAAAGUCAUGUAAAAUCCUAUUAAAUGUUUGAAUCAAAUACACAUAAUAGGUAAAAUCUACCAUAUUCUGAAUUAAACAUAUUGUUUCAGCUAUGACCAAUAAUAUUUUGUACAGUCCCUCUAAAAGACUUAAAUGUAAGAGUAUUUUACGUCAAAAGAAAUGUCAUAAAAGCUUUAAUUUUAAGGCUGGUAGGAGUAAAAGUAAAAGUCCAACAGUGUGAUAAAUACGGCCCCAGGUCCUCAGUUUAAAAAAAAAUACUUGUUUUACCCAAAUCUUUGUCCCACAAGGGCUUCUCUUCCUCCCCUCCUCCACCUCUUCCUCCUCUCUGUCUCAUGCCAUCAUCUCUCUCCCCCUCUCCUUCUCCACAUUCACAGUGUGACAUUACUUGAGCACUCCAGCAUUAAACAGUGUAUCAUCUUCUUCAUCAACACUAUCAUCACAAUCAUAAUCAUCAGCAUCAUCAUUACAGCUUUCCUUCUUACUGUA